AACAGUGAACAGUACUCGGACGUUGAACAGUGUUUUCCUGCGGCAAUCAGGUUCAUUUCAAUUGGAGUUGGUACCUCCGGUUGCCAUAUUCAUUAUUUGUCCAUACACUUGUAGUUACAUUUUUUGCUAACUUUAGACUUUUGAAUAGUUUAUUAGUUCAUACUCAUUUUCGUGGCUUUACUUAGUGAUGGUAGACUAGGGUCAUGUUCUCGUUCAGGGACGGGGGCGAGGGUUAGGAGGGGUAAGUGGGUUGAAGGAGCGUCUAGGUUGAGAGUAGGAUCUUGGAACAUUGGAACGUUAACGGGGAAGUCCAUAGAGCUAGUUAAGAUUCUUCAGAAGAGGAAGAUUAAUAUAGCUUGUAUCCAAGAGACCAAAUGGGUAGGUCCUAAAGCUAAGGAGGUAGACGGGUAUAAGUUGUGGUUCUCUGGUAGGUCGAAGUAUAGAAAUGGGGUGGGCAUUUUAGUAGAUAGUGAAUUAAGGGAUCAGGUGGUAGAGGUUAGGAGAGUCACUGAUAGGAUGAUGUCGAUUAAGGUGGUCGUUGAAGGACUCACUUUGAACAUUAUUAGUGUAUAUGCGCCGCAAACGGGCUUAGGCGACGAGGAGAAGAGGCGCUUUUGGGAGGAUUUGGACGAAUUAGUGGGAGGCAUACCGCCUACUGAGAAGCUAUUCGUGGGAGGUGAUUUCAAUGGACACAUCGGACCUAUUUCGGGAGGUUAUGAUGAUGUGCAUGGAGGCUUUGGCUUCGGGGACAGGAAUGGAGGAGGAGUCUCACUUUUGGAUUUUGCAAGAGCUUUUGGAUUGGUGAUAGCCAAUUCGAGUUUCCCAAAGAAGGAGGAACACUUGGUAACCUUCCGUAGUUCGGUGACUAAGACUCAAAUUGACUUUUUACUCCUUAGGAAGGAUGAUAAAGGUCUGUGCAAGAAUUGUAAGGUCAUCCCGAGCGAAUAUCUUACAACCCGACAUAAGCUCUUGGUGAUGGAUUUAGCGAUCAAAAUGACGAGGAAGAAGAGGGUCGUGGAGGACCGACCUAGGAUCAGAUGGGGGAGUUUGACCACUAUUAGUGCCCUGGAGAUGGGAGACAAAUUGAAGGAUAUGGGGGCCUGGGAUAGUAGUGGGGAUGCGACCAGUAUGUGGGAUAAGACGGCUAAUUGCAUUAGGGUCGUAGCAAAGGAAGUGUUGGGGGUCUCGACAGGUAGUCGUGGUCAGCAUCGAGGGGACUGGUGGUGGAAUGGAGAAGUUCAAGGGAGGGUAGAAGCAAAGAAGGUGGCGUAUGCGAAGUUGAUAGAAAGCAAGGAUGAGGUGGAGAAGUGGACGAAUACAGAACUUUAUAAGAUGGCGAGGAAGGAGGCGAAGUUGGCGGUUUCGACGGCAAAAACGGCAGCUUUUGAACGCAUGUAUGCUGACCUAGAAGAGAAAGGAGGGGAACAGAAAUUGUUCAGGCUAGCCAAGGCAAGGGAGAGAAAGGCACGUGAUGUGGAUCAAGUAAAAUGCAUCAAGGACGAGCAUGGCAAAGUAUUGCUAGAGGAAACUGUCAUUAGACGGAGAUGGCAGUCAUACUUCUCCAAACUCUUGAAUGAAGAAGGGGACAGAGACAUUGUGUUGGGUGAUUUAGAACAACAGAAAGGCGUCGCGACUUUGGCUAUUGCAGGAGUAUUAAGGUUGACGAGGUUAAGGGUGCUGUUCGUAGGAUGCGCAGGGGAAGAGCAAUCGGACCUGAUGAGAUUCCGGGGGAAUUUUGGAAGAGCGCGGCCCUAGAAGGCUUGGAGUGGCUGACUAGGUUGUUUAAUGUCAUCUUUAAGACGGCAUUGAUGCCCGAAGAAUGGAGGGCGAGUGUAAUGAUCCCUCUAUACAAGAAUAAGGGAGAUAUCCAGAGUUGCAACAACUAUAGAGGUAUCAAGCUGCUAAGCCAUACUAUGAAAGUGUGGGAAAGGGUGGUGGAGAUGAGGGUGAGGAGAGGUGUGUCUAUUUCAGAAAACCAGUUCGGAUUUAUGCCGGGACGUUCAACUACAGAAGCCAUCCAUCUUAUGAGAAGGUUGGUGGAGCAGUAUAGGGAGAGGAAGAGGGACUUACACAUGGUAUUCAUCGACCUAGAAAAGGCUUAUGACAAAGUUCCAAGACAGAUCCUAUGGAAAUGCUUGGAGGCUAAAAGUGUACCUGUGGCGUACAUUAGGGUGAUCAAGGACAUGUAUGAGGGAGCCAAAACCAGGGUGAGGACAGUAGGAGGAGACUCAGAGCACUUUCCAGUUGUGAUGGGGUUGCAUCAAGGAUUAGCUCUUAGUCCGUUUUUAUUUUCCUUGGUGAUGGAUGGAUUGACACGGCAAAUUCAAGGUGAGGUGCCAUGGUGUAUGCUUUUCGCGGACGACAUAGUCCUGAUUAACGAGACUCGUAGCGGAGUUAACGCUAAGCUGGAGUGUUGGAGACAUACUCUGGAGUCUAAAGGGUUUACGCUGAGUAGGACCAAGACAGAGUACUUGGAGUGUAAGUUCAGUGAAGCAACUCAGCAGACUGACUUGGAAGUAAGGCUUGGUACCCAGGCCAUCCAGAAGAAAAGUAGUUUCAAGUACCUUGGGUCUAUUGUGCAAGGCAGCGGGGAGAUUGACGAUGAUGUCACACAUCGUAUUGGGGCAGGGUGGAUGAAAUGGAGGCUUGCUUCCGGAGUGCUAUGUGACAAAAAGGUGCCACCAAAACUUAAGGGCAAGUUCUACAAAGUGGUGGUUAGACCGACUAUGCUGUAUGGGGCGGAGUGUUGGCCAGUUAAGAUCUCUCACGUUCAAAAGAUGAAAGUUGCCGAGAUGAGAAUGUUGAGAUGGAUGUGUGGCCACACCAGGAGUGACAGGAUUAGGAAUGAGGAUAUUCGGGAUAAGGUGGGGGUGGCCUCGGUGGAAGACAAGAUGCGAGAAGCGAGAUUGAGAUGGUUUGGGCAUGUGAAGAGGAGAGAUACAGAUGCCCCAGUGCGGAGGUGUGAGAGGUUGGCCAUGGAUGGUUUCAGACGAGGUAGGGGUAGGCCGAAGAAGUAUUGGGGAGAGGUAAUUAGACACGACAUGACGCAAUUACAGCUUACCGAGGACAUGACCUUAGAUAGGAGGGUUUGGAGGACCCAAAUUAGGGUAGAAGGCUAGUAGAUAGUCUCGUUAUCCGUUCUUAUUAGUAGUCGCAUUAUUGCAAUAUAAUUUCUUGUGCUCCGAUUUCUGCUAUUAUCUGUUACUAUGUGUUAUUUCCUGUGCUUUGGUUAUCCUGUGUCAUCUGCUCUGAUUUCUGCUAUUAUCGGUUAUUUUCUGUGCUCUGAUUAUCCUGUAUUAUCUGUGUCGCUUGCAUUAUUUCAUUUCCAUAUCGCUUUAAAUCUCUUAUCCGAAUCUCUUAACCUUAUCUAACCGUAUUUGACUUCGUUUUAUGCUUUUAUUGAGCCGGGGGUCUUUCGGAAACAACCGUCCUACCUUGGUAGGAGUCAGGUCUGCGUACACUCUACCCUCCCCAGACCCUACGAUGUGGGAUUUCACUGGGUUGUUGUUGUUGUUGUUGUUGUUGUAUUGUUUAUACUUGUAAAAUUAUGUUAUAUAUAAUUGCAAGUUAUAAGCGGUGUAUAAUGGAUUGCUUUGAUCAUUUUUUUGUGAGGAUCAAGCGCGCGCACGCGCGCUCACACACACACACAUAUACAUACAUACAUACAUAUAUGUAUGUAUUUUUCAUUUAUUUACAGUUUUCUUUUAUUUUUUUUAUGUAAUUUUACCUAUUUAAAAAUAUUUAUUGUAAUUAUAUUAUUUUAAGAAAUACUAAAAAUUAAAUACCCAUGGGGCUUACGCCCCGUGCCUCGAGGCUUACACCUCGUCGAGGCGUAUAUAAAACGGCCCGCCUUUUAAAACACUGUAAUCAUAACUUACGUUGAUUUUCGUUUUUUAGCUUUCUUUGAGGGAUAACUUCCCUUGCGUACUCUAUUUCAAUGUCAUCUUUUGAGGGCUGAUCUUAACUUCCUUUGUGUAACAAUAACAUCAGUAUUUCAAUUUUCCCAGUCUUUUUUUCUAGUUUAUGUAGCUCAGGUAGCAAAACCUUGGAAUAUGGUUGAACUACAUAGAUUGAGUAUAUUGUCUCUAUAAUGCUAAACCAAGCUUUCAGCAACCUGUGGAUAAUAUUAUAUAUGUUUGCUCUCUCUUCUUGGUUUCAUUUAAUAUAGUGUAGUUUCAGUUAUUCAUGUUUAGUGAUCACCAGAAUGUUACACCAGUUUCUUUCAAUGACUUGCAACAUUUCCAGCCUCGUUUAUUGCACGAGAACUGAGAAUAUCGUUUCUGUUAUGUGCAACGGCUGUUGGAUUAUGAAAGAUAAGAAAAUCACAACCGUAGACGAGGAAAAUGUUCUAUCAAUGGCCGAACAUGCCUUUGCUGAACUUAUAAAGAGAGCUGGCAUCCAUAUUCCAAACAGAAUGAAUUUUCUGUGAUCUUGUGACUUUUUUUCUGUGAUCUUGUGACCUCACUGUGUAAAACUGUUUUAAUGUUAAAGACAAAUAAGAAUUGCUUUGUAAUUGUGUUUUCAACUUUUUGGCCGAUUCAAACCUC